AUGUUUUCAAGACAGCUUGCCAUGCGGAUCUUUCCACAAGUAAAAACGGCAUCUUUUGGCAGUCAUUUCAGCAGUAUUAACAGGUUUAUGAGCACGGAAACCAAAAAUGCCAUUACUUCUGCGAUCGGAUCCGCUCCAGUAGUGUUGUUUAUGAAGGGAACACCAGAAUUCCCUCAGUGUGGAUUUUCUAAGGCUACUAUCAACAUGCUCGGACAGCAGGGGGUCGAUCCCCAAAAGUUCGCUGCUUAUAACGUCUUAGAAGAUCCAGAAUUACGUGAGGGUAUCAAAGAAUUUAGCGAAUGGCCGACGAUCCCACAGUUGUUCAUCAAGAAGGAUUUCGUUGGCGGGUGCGAUAUCGUUAUGAGUAUGGCUCAAACCGGAGAGUUGACCAAACUAUUGGAAGAUGCUGACGCAUUGGUUCCAGAAGACGAGGCCUAA